AUGGCGACCUCCAACGCGCCCGUGCUCGUGCAGUCUCUCAAGCUGUCCUGCAUCCAGCUGGCCUCCGGGCCGGACAAAGCCGCCAACCUCGCGCACGCGCGGGACAUGGUCCUCUCAGCCGCGCGCGACGGCGCAAAACUCGUCGUGCUGCCGGAAUGCUUCAACUCGCCGUACGGAUGCGAGUACUUCCCCUCCUACGCCGAGACUCUGCUCCCUUCCCCACCGACGCCCGAGCAAGCGCCAUCCUACCACGCGCUCUCCUCCAUGGCCGCCGAAGCCGGCGUCUUCCUGGUCGGGGGCUCGAUCCCGGAAGCGGACCCGGACCCGGCCGCGAAGAAGUACUACAACACCUGCCUGACCUUCGGCCCCGACGGCGCGCUCCUCGGCACGCACCGCAAGGUGCACCUCUUCGACAUCGACAUCCCGGGCAAGAUCGUCUUCCGCGAGAGCGAGGUCCUGUUCCCGGGGAACAAGGUCACCAUCAUCGACUUGCCGGGGUACGGCAGGAUCGGCGUCGCCAUCUGCUACGACGUGCGGUUCCCCGAGCUCGCGACCAUCGCGGCGCGGCGCGGCGCCUUCGCGCUCGUGUACCCUGGGGCCUUCAACACGACGACGGGGCCCCUACACUGGACUCUUCUGGGCCGCGCCCGCGCGACGGAUAACCAGAUGUACGUCGCGCUGUGCAGCCCCGCGCGCGACGAGGAAGCGUCGUACCGCGCGUACGGGCACACGCUGGUCGUGGACCCGAUGGCGCGCGUGCUCGAGGAGGCGGGCGAGGGCGAGCAGAUUGUUUCUUGCGAGCUGGACGGCGCGCUCAUCGCGGAGACGAGGCGGAACAUCCCGCUGUCGACGCAGCGCCGGUUCGACGUGUAUCCGGACGUGAACGCGGGGAAGAUACGAAUAGUAGAGACCUUCGGGAUUCUUCACGAAGUAUGA